GUGAACACCAAGUGGCCUUUACUUAACCAAUCAUCACUUGCUCCCACUUUUUGCUGAUAUUGUUGAUAUAUCGCAGUGAGUAGAGUGGCCUUUACUUUACGAAUGGAUCCCCAGAGCAGCGUUUCUUCUUCUUCAAAGAGGGUCUGGAAAUAUGAUGUGGCUAUAAGUUACAAUGAUAUGGAAACUGACUCGGUUUAUAGAAUGCUUUGGAGUGCUUUAGGAACAAAAUAUUUCGUCAGAAUCGGCAGCAGAUGGGUUAACCCAUUAGAAAAAAUUGAAGAAUCCCAGAUUUAUGUAGCUGUCUUCUCAAAAAGUUUUGUUUACUCAUCACGUUGCUUGGACACACUGGCAGUAAUGUUUGAGUGCAUGAAGGUACCUGGCCACAAAUUUCUGCCAAUUUUCUUCAACAUCGAUCCGUCUGAAGUGAAAACAUGGCUCGCUCCAUUUCAGACACUACUGGAACGCCCAGAUUUGGUCAUACAAAACUGCCAAGGAAGAUCAAAGACGAGUUGUUGGCAAAAUAGCUGUGGAGGCAAAGAGAACUCUGGUUGAAGAAAAAGAGACGAACUGAACUCAUGGAGAGGCCAGUUUCUAUCAAUUUUUUUGGAGGUGGAUCCCUUUCAAGUACAUAGUGGUUUUCAUAAACUGCUUGAACAAAAGUUGGGGCCAUGUUCACUUCCUAUACAAGAUUUGGUGGUUCAAGAUAAGAGAGACCAGUCGCGGGUUAUUCGUAAUAUUGUUGAGAAAUCUACCAAAAUUUUGUGUGCGCAUGAUUGGAUAUCAUCGCGAUAUGACAUCGAAGCAUAUGUAAGGGAAAUAGAUAAAUCAGGAGAAAUAGCUACAGUUGGGAUAGGAUAUUGUCGUGUAGAGAAAUUAAUUGAGCUCAUGGACUUAGGCUCAAAUUAUGAUGUGCGAGUUGUAGGGAUUGGUGGGAUGGGGGGAGUAGGGAAGACAGCUCUUGCCAAAGAUGUCUUUAAAAAAAUCUCCCACCUUUUUUAUUCUGCCUAUUUCAUCUCCACUCCAACUACCACUCAAGAUUAUCCUCCAAGUCAAUCCAUAUUAAAGGAGGCAUUUCUUCAGAUAGCUUUGCCAAAAGAAUUUCAACCUUCACGUUUAAAAAGCCCAAGACUCCAGAGGAUGCUUGUUGUUUUUGAUGAUAUUGAGUGCUCGAAACAUUUUGAUGGAGGAUGGAUUAGACGGUUGUUUGGAGGAGGAAGUAGAAUUAUCAUAACAAGCAGAGAUGAGGGACUACUCCUUAGACAUCUUGGAGUAGAUGAGAUUCACAAGGUAGAACUAUUGAAUCAAAAUGAAGCUCGUCGACUUUUCAGCAAAAUUGUUUUCAAAAGUGAUAAACCAAUGAUAGUUUAUGAGGAGCUGACCCUCAAAGCACUUAAAUAUGCUGAUGGUCUUCCAUUAGCUAUUCAAUCAGUAGGUUCAUCGCUUGUUGAUCUAAGUGUCUCAGAGUGGAAAAGUGUGUUGACCAAACUUCAAACAGUUCCUGACCCUUCAGUACUUGCAGUGCUUAAGAAAAGUUUCGAUGGACUCACAGAUUUGCAAAAGAAUGCUUUCUUGGAUAUUGCAUGUUGUUUUACAGGACAAAAGAUUGAUUAUAUCAAGGGAAUUUUAUUUUGUCGAUAUCUUUUUAGAUCUUUUCGUGAUAUGAUAAUCGAAAGUCUUAUAGAAAUGUCACUAAUAAACAGAUCAAGUCAAAAAAUAAAAAUACAUCGUAUCCUACAACAAUUAGCAAAAUUAACUGUUCAACAUGAAUCUCCUGGACCUGGAAAGCGGAGUAGGAUAUGGAAUUAUGAAGAUUUUCGUCAUAUCAUGGAGACAAAUACUGGAACUGAUCGUGUUCAAAUCAUAGUAGUCUCAAAUGAUGAAGAACAUCCACAGGGGACAACAUUGAACAUAGAUGGUUUAUCAAAAUUGAGGAAACUCAAAAUCCUUAUAUUCCACAAUGUGAAAUUUUCAGGAAAUCUCUAUGAUCUUUCUAACAACUUGAAAUAUCUUUCUUGGCAUAAGUAUCCACUUAAUUAUUUGCCAUCAAAUUUUAAGCCAAAAAGGCUUGUGCAAUUGAUCAUGCCAUACAGCAGCAUAACACAACUAUGGAGAGAUGAAAAGAAAGAGAUGAAGUGGCUGGAGAACUUGAACCUCCGUGGCUCUAAAGAUUUGAUGAAGAUACCUCAUUUUCAAUUGCUUCAAUGUCUUGAGAGGUUAGACUUGGAAGGAUGUACUUCAUUAGUGCAGCUUCAUCCUUCUAUUGCGUAUCUGAAAUGGCUUAAGUUUUUGAAUUUGAGGAACUGCACAAAUCUAGAAAGUAUUCCAAAUGAAUUAUUUCGCAAAAGCUCUCUUGAAUUUCUAAAUCUGGCUGGCUGCUCCAAAUUUGCCCAAAGUUUGAGGUUCAAGAGAGUAAUAUUAAGUUGGUCUUAUGUUAGACUUAUGGGGCUUUAAUCAUGUAUUCAUUAUAUGAACACAUCUCUUUCUUUGCAUUCAGCUUUAUCAAUAUUCUCGUCUGCUACAACAUUAAUAUGUAAUAUUUGUGUCUAUUUGCGUUCGUUAUGGAACAUUUUUAUUUUA